CUCUUUUUACUGUAACUCUUUCAUUUCAUCAUAAAUUAGAGAAUCCUAUCUACUCCAACAUAGUGAAAAGAGGAUCAUAUCAUAUGGAUGCAUUGGGUUCAGAAUGCAGUAGUGGUUGUGAGUCUGGUUGGACUCUAUACCUUGACCACUCUUUCCAUACCUCCUCACAAUCACAUACACCUUCUCUUGACCAAACUAAACACAAAAUGGUUCAAUAUGAUGAAGAAGAGGACUCAUCCAUGGUUUCUGAUGCUUCUUCUGGGCCUCCACACCAUGACUAUUCUCCAUCCAACCCUGCAAAACUUGCCAAGAGAAGUAAAAAGAGACAGAAAGUUAAAGAAAAUAAUAUUCAGCAGCACCUUGAUGACACUGCUAGCUCUCCUCUCUUUGACAAUAGCAAUGUUGUUACUAUCAAUAACCAACAAACAACUUCAACCAUAGAGAGUGCGCUAGAUUAUUCACAAGGUUUUUCUGCUACUUAUUUUGAGGAGAGAUCUUCAUUGCAAGACCAUUUUGGUUUCUUACAAUCAUCUCUAUCACAAAAUGAAGCUCAUAUCAACAAAAAAUGGUUAUUAGGAGGGAAAGAGAUGGGAAUGAUAUAAAGAACAUGGUUCUUCUGCUGUUGAACUUGUUUCUGUAGAAGUUACUGAAUGAUGAAGAUCAAUGGAAGGCAGAGAGAAGUGAUAUUUUUGAUAGUGCAGAAAGAAUUUGAUCUCAAAAGGGAUUAUUAUUAUGUUCUUUCUCUUUUCUGUGUUUUUUUCUUCUCUUUUGGAUGCAGUGCAAUGGAAAACAAUCUAAAAAGGAAAACUUAGAAACUUUUUAUUUUUUAUUUUAUUUUCUUUUAUAAUUUAAUUCUGCUGUGAGAUGAAUUGAAUAGUGUACACAAUACAGGACAGGAUAGUAAGUUAGGAAACAGGUUCUGUAAAAACAUGUUCAAUCCUUGUUUUUGAUGAAAUGCAUACAUUAUUUAUUUCCACAUAAAAAGCU